CUCUCCUCACUCAAGGCAGUAGAAUAGAGAGAAUUUUGGGAUGAUUUGGUGAAGAAUUGAGGGAAUAAAGAUUUCUUAAAUAGAGGAAGGAAGGAGAAGAAGACAUGGAUGAAAUAUUCCUGAGUCACCAAAAUCGGAUAGUGCGCCGUUUGUACAGCCUAUUUUUGGGGUGUUACAGAAGGAGUGACAAAGGGAAGGAAGAAGAUGGGAAGGAAGAAGAAGAGUCGGUGGUAGUGGAUAUGGUCGACCCCUCUAGUUUUGAAGGGGUGGACCAUAAUGAAGAGGAGGAAAUAAAGGAUGGGAAGGAAGAAGAUGAGCUAGUUAAUAUGGUCGACCCCUCCAAUUUUGAAGGAAUUCCUGAAGAAAAAGAAGAAGAAGAGGGUGACCAAUUUAACCUUAAUGAAGAGGAAGAAGUAAAGAAUAGGAGUCCACCGACCCAGGAAGAAGAGGAGGAAAAGUUUACACUUGAGGGAGAGGCCAUAGAAGAUGAGAUGGCAACAAGUGAUAAAAUUGUCCAUGAUGUUGUUGAAUUCUGCAAAUCAACUGAAAACAAUGUUGAUGAGGAAUUGGGUCGAGGCCUCCGGGAGAAGAAACGAAGUUCAAAUGAGCUGGACAAAGCCGAAGAAGUGCAACUCAACAAACGAAGGAACCCAUCUAGCCAACAACUUGAGGCCUUCCAUCAAUUCAUGCAGUCGACAAUUGCUGAUGGGAGAGAAGUUCAGUGUAUCAUAGAAAAGAGGGGAGAGUCCCAUGGGAUUGUUAAUAAGUGGUGGAGUUCCUUGAUCAAGGCUGGCGGCUAGUUGGAGACCUCGCAUAUGGAAGAAAUCAUGAUCUACUUCAUGCAAAUGUAUAACAAGAAAGAUAGCACAUAUGCCGUCCUCCCAGAGAGCUUCCAAAUGUUAAGUGAGGUUCAUAACAUAUCUGAUCAUUGGGUCGCAAUAAGAGCUGAAUUCAAGA